UAGUAUCUUCACCCAAUUUUAAUUUUAAUUUCUUCUUUCACAGAUUGUAUUCCUUCAUUUUUUUUUACCUAAUUUCUUUGGUCAGGUUCUUUUGACCUCUUACAUCUUUGAGUUCAAUUGUCGAAGAUCUGAUCUUAUGGGAACCAUUGAAAAGAAGGGGUUGAUUUGUCCCCCUGAAUCACAACUUUGAUUUCCUUGAUUAAAAAAAGGUUCUCUCACGCAUGCAUACUCGUGCCGUGUCAGCACUCAUGCAUUACGUUUGUCACGAAGCUAGAAGGUUCGCAUCACCUUCUUAAUUGUCAUGCAUUGGGCACGAUGGUGAUGUUUGCAGACAAAUCAUGAUACUUGAUGCAUUGCGGGAAAUGGCUUUAAAGAAGCUUCUAUCUAAGAGGGCAAGGAAAGAUGCUGCUGGAGAAGGAUCCAGUGCGACCCCACAAGUAGGUAUGGAGUUUGAUGGACAUCGGUUCCGAAGCGAGGAACACCAAUGCCAUUUUGAAGUAAUCAAGGGUUGGUUUUUCCUCAAGGAGAGACGGGUCCAGUUGAGGGAAGGGGAAUAUGCUGAAUUCCAGGAGGUAGUGGACUCAACUUGCGGGGCCCAUGGCUAAAUAUGAUCCAGAAAUAGUCAUGGAGUUCUAUGCCAAUGCAUGGCUCACAGAGGAAGGUGUCAGGGAUAAGCGCUCCUGGGUGCGGGGUCAAUGGAUCCCCUUUGAUGAAGAUGCCAUCAAUAAGUUCUUGGGGCAUCCGCUGGUCUUGGAAGAGGGGCAACACUGCGAAUUCAGUCAGAGGAGGAGCCAGGCCUUGGGGUUUGAUGAGGAGGCGAUUAGUUGGCAGUUGUGUGUUCCGGGGCAAGACUUUACCCGAAGCGUGACAGGGAGACGGGUGCAGAUCAUGCGCACUAGCAUGACCACCCUGACACAGAUUUUGAUGACAUUGCUACUCAACAACAUCCUCCCCAGCGAUCAUAAUUCCAACUUGCCCCUGCGGAUGUGCCAGCUGGUCUAUGCCAUCUUUACCCAGGUGAAUGUUCACGUGGCUCAGUUGAUCUUAGAUGCCAUUUAUCAAUUUGCAGGGAUCACGCCCCAGACACCCAGUGGACCAGGAGAAGUCCAACAGAGCACUGGGGUUUCCAGCCUUGAUCACGAACCUCUACCAGUUCCCGAUUACUCCCACAAAGCUUAUCCAGCCUCCCAUUAACAGGGCCUUCAUAGAAAAAUAUUGCAUGCCAAGGCAGGCACAAUAGUAGCAAGAGGAGGACCAGCAGCAGCCAGCCGUAGAUGCACCAUCGCUACCUCUACGGCAGCCACCAUCUCUAGAGUCCAUCUCUGCUCACCUGUGGAGGAUGGAGCUCUUGAUGCACGCAUAUAUGCAGCAUGUGACCGACCAGCAAGCGGUUAAUCAUAGGGGUCAAGUGCAGCUGAAUGAGAGCUUCUACCAAUACACCCUGCAUCAGCAGAGCCAAGAUCCAAGCCCUUUCCCAUGGCCUACCCCCGAGCAGUUUGGGGCCACAGUUGCAUGGCAUGGAGAGAGGCCUAGUUUUCAGGCAGGGGCAGGACCCGCAGGAUCCCCGAAGAUGAAGAUGGAGCUCAAGAAGAUGAUGACAUGGCUGAUGUGAUGGACUUCUUCCUUUGAGGAGGCAGAGUCGCUUGGCCGGGAUUGCCUAGAAACUGUGAACUCGUCUUUAUUUUGUUUUUAUCGCUUUUGGUAUUUGUUUGUUAUCUCAUUAUGAUAGAACUGGACUUUAAUUUAUCACUUUCAGUUUUUGUUUGUUAUCUCAUUGUGAUGAAACUUUAUCGCUUCCAACGUGUUGUUGUACUAUUGCGUUGUGAUGGUUUGUCUGAAGCAAGAAAACUAAGCUAAAAAAAUAGGGUCUUGUGUAUGGUUUCUUUUCGUUCA